AUGAUAUCAUUACACAAUAUUUAAUUCAAGCCUUUGUUGUUUCUUUGUUUUCUGUUUUCUGUUCUUUGUAAUUUGUAAUAUUUGUUUGUAGCUCGCUGCCUUUUGCACUAGUUGCACGUCCUUACAUCCUUUUGGAAAAUGGCCAAGCGAAAAUAUUUUUUAUUCAUUAAAGGUAAAAGAGCUCCCAAGAAGUUGUUAUAUUUGCGGGAAAAAAAAGAUCGAUCAGUCGUGAACGAUGAGAACGCCAAGCAGGAGGAGACUUCCGCGAAAACGAUAGUUAGUACAGUGAGCACCCGGAGUUAUAGUACGGACUCCGAUGAGCAUAUGCCAUCUAAUGUGGCAAGUCUCUGGAGCACUUCAGUGCCCAUUCCUUUCUCUCAACGAAAAAUGCCCAAUAAGUGGACGAAAUCCAUCGGCAAAAAGAACUCGGCGUUUUCCAUAAGUUCGGCAGCCUCAAAGAAGUCGAGAGGCACUAUCAAAAAAAAAGUAUCAAAAAUUAAUGAAGAGCCGUUGCAUAUAUAUAAGCUUAAGAGACUGGACGCCAUCGAUGAAGCUCAGCAUUCCAAUCUGGACAUAACUAGUUCCACCGAAAGUGAGGAGGAGGUUCAGAGUGAUCAAAGUGAUCAAAGUGAAGGCGAUAAAAUGGAACCCGAUGGUGGAAAUACGACUGAGCGCGAAGACCAGACGAGUGCAUCCUCCGACUCGAACAUUAGGAUGCGCUUUGAUAUUCUCGAAGCCCUCAGGGACAUACCUGAUUGCGACGAACUCGUAGCUACCAGGAGCAUGGAUCAGAAUUGGGGCAUCGAUGAGAGGAAUGUGGAGAAGCAUGAAGAGCAGCAGGAGCAGCAAAAGCCGGGCUUGGAACUAGAAAAGUCACAGAUUCCAUUGUCCCGCAGUUCAUUGGCCUCUUCAGCGGAAAGCCUCAUGCCAAACGAGUCCACUAAUGAAGCACUUCCUCCAAAAAACAAUGCCGCCGUGCUCAGUCCGUCGACCAUUUCGCCCUCAGAACUGGAAUCUGAUGACGAAAGCGAUUGGGGACCGCAGGAAAUGCCACACAAAUCGAGUCACGUGCCCACUUUUAGGGACAUGUCAUCAAAGUCCUGGAGCUCAGCAUCUAGUCCCAAGCCCAUACAUUCGACCUUUUACGUCGAUCAGUUAGUCCAGGGCUAUUUGGAUGGGCUUAUUGGAAAAGUUGUGGACAUAUUCGAUAAAACAGACUAUUUGCGGACGAAAAAUCUGGACAAAAGUAAGCUAUUGCACCGACUUUUUAAGGAACUCGACGAUUACCAGUGGGAGAGAUACGACAACGAUUUACUAACCAAACGCCUGACCGAACACCACCUACGCCGAUUCAAGUACUCCCUUGUAACGGCGAACACUAGUUCCUCCAUCGAGGAGACCCAUCGGAGGCGAUACUUAGGUGCCCUAAACGAAUUGGACCACUGGCUUCACCGGAAAGGACAGGCUGAGGAGAUUCACCUGGCUGAAAAGGAGCGAUUGCUGGUGGAAUUGGAGCGGAUGCAACUGGAGGACAACGAGAAGCUCGAGAAAAUGGAGGAGAUCUUUAGAAAUACUAUCUUUCGGGACUCCCAACCCUCUGAACAUCUUCGACUUGUAACUGAAACCGCUCUGCAACAAAUGAGAAAAAAACGUGAUGUGAUGUCUGCGACACGCCUGAUUUUGAUCAUAAAGCAGCAUAACAAUUCCUACAUCAAACAGAAACUCGAUGAAAUUGAGGCGAAUACUGGGGAAGUCAAAUUGGCAACUUAUCUAUCCGCCGAACACGACGUUCAGCAGAUGGUUACCGCUCUAAACAAUAAAAACGCUGAGCUGCAUCGAAUGUAUAUGCUGGUAAAAACGAAAGUACAUAGCAUAUCUCAUCUGAGAUGUCGACGAAAACUGCUGAAUCGCACAUUCCGGGUGGCCAAAAAUGAGUUGCGAAAAAAGGAAAAUCAUCACUUAGAAUUGCGAGACAAAGUAUAUACCUGUAAUCUGAUACACAACAAACUUCUUGACCAGAUCAAAGAAGUUCGCCGUAAGGGUGGCAUUAUGUGCUACCCCAAGUUGUUGGCCGAUUUUGAUCGAACCGAGAACUUUAUUGCCAUUAAGCAGGAGAGUGUUGAGGAAUUAAGGGCACAGCAUGACAAUUUGCAGAAGAAAAUCGCCAUAAUCGAAUUAAAGAUUCUAGAAUCUAAGAUGAGUGCAAGCAUAGCUACCUCUAAAUAAAUUUGCCUAUGAGAGGAAAGUACAUAUGUAGGUGUCUUGGCCAAAAAAAUAAAUCAAACAAAUCUUCAAUCUA